AUGUUAAUCAAGCUUCUAAUAUUCUCAUUGCUUUUCUUUGUUGGUCCGACUGUUGCUGAUGUCCUGAGUUCAUUCCAAAGAGCAGCCCGACUUCUGAAUGCGACGGAAAGAAGCGAGAUUGAUCAGCUUCUGAAGAAUCAGACCUUAACGAAAGCCCAGAUCAAACAGAAGAUCGAUGACAUCAUCAAUGUUCAGAAUCAGACAGUGGCUGAACAAUGGAAAGCAGAGAGAGAUCGAUUGCAACAACAGUAUUCUGAUGAACGACAACAGAGAUUAAGUGGGGCUUCGGAUGAUGUGAGGAACCUGGACGCUCAAAUUAAUGUAAGCUUGUCCUUGAUGCUAUUACACUAGGUAUAGGUAUACCCUCCUAACUAGGUAUAAUCUUAUUAUACAGGGUGACCCAAAAUAACGGAGACAAUUUUUGAAGGGUCCCACCGCGAAAACCGGGCGUUAGAGAACCAUAAACGACAGCGGGUUAUAUUCUAUAACACCUUCUUUAUAAUCCACGAGAAUUUGGUGGAAUCAUCAUGUCGCAGUAAAAAGUUACAGCUUAAGAAAGAUGCUUUGCGCCGUUUUUUUGGCCCUCAAUUUUAAUUCCCUUGUGUUGUGUAAAGCCUGGCUGUACUACAGCCGCAGAAAUGGCAAGUUCAAUUUGCUUUGUUAGACUACUAUGUCUGUAAGAAAGCAGUUACAUAGGUUUUUGGGAUAUGGUUUUUAUUUCUACGGUGGUACCGAUCUCAACAUUGAAGAUCGCCAUUUUUUCCAAAUUUUUUCCGUAAAAAAUUCAGUUCUUUUCGAAUAAAGCUAAAACCACUAGUACGUGUUCUAUUCAUAAAUACAAUGAUUCUGAAAAAAUCUGUGAUUGCUUGCUGGUUGCGACAGCUUUUCCUUAACAAGUUUCUCGCCCAGAACUACCCCACGGCACGCUGCUUUGAGAAAGAUGGGUUAUCGAUAACAGAAUGACAAGAUGGAUCAAAACGGCGCAUUAUGCUCCUGUACACUUAUGAAUACGACUCUUAAGAAUCAGCCUAGGGCACUUUCGGUCUUUCUGUGUCACCGGCUCGACCGGUAUUCCGCCUAAGGCAAAAAUAAGGCAGAAUUCUACUGAUUACCAAAUAGCAUUCCGUAGCAGUUACAAGAUGUUUCUCUUUUGCUUUUAUGGUGUUCCUUUAAUCAUGUUCUAGUAACUCGUAUUACAUUUUGCCUUAUCUAACAUUUAAACUCCUUCUUACGCUUACAUUUUCAAAAAAGGCCAAUUUUUGCACUUCAACUGCCUGAAAAUACUCGGCUGCAACUUCUGAACCAUCGAUAGUUAAGCUUAGUAUGAUAGCUCAUUUUAAAGGUCUUAUUACGAUAAUUAUUCACUGCAAAUCUCAAACUAUUCCGCGUUUUCUUUUUUGAGUAAGGCAGCUUUCUUGUAAAAAGACCCCACGGGCAGAAGGGUCCGAGUCAACCGGAUAUAUUGAUGUCGUUCAAGACAGAAGAGCGUCGUACAACAAAACUAUCGUUAAAUAAAACUACCCUAAUGUGGUACUGUAAUAUAAAUAAGGAGUCACUCAUGAAUCUUAAUAAGUCGCAGAAAAAACGGGAAAUCUUUUGUCUCCGUUAUUUUGGGUCACCCUGUACUUUAUUCAAUCAACAGAGAUGAUUACUUCCAGGCAAUCAGAAACAACGACGCCCUUACUCGGCAACAAACUUGCGAACAAAUCCAGAAUCUACUCAAGAAUGCCACCAAAAAAGCCCAAAGACAACUUCAGAUCAAGCCUCAUAAAUGUAAAUUUGCCCUUCAAAACGUGACAAGUAGAAGAACUAGUUCUCCAUCGUGGAGUCCAAGGUCAACUAACCCUGGAUUCUGGAGUUUUACAAGAAGAAUUGGAUCUUCAACUGCCGCACCGCCCUUUAGAUUCACUGAUCCACAACCUCUGAAUUUGGGUGAGAUGACAAAUUUUAAUCGAACAAGACAAAGAUGGCCAUUUCAUCCUCCAUUUCACGCAACGAUCCCUACUAGAUCUACAACUUUCAACCCAUUCGCUCCUCCUGUUACAUCUCCCUUAUCUGUCCCUCCAUUUGUUUACGGACCCAUUCAUACUCGUACCCCUCCCUCUAUUAACCCACAAAAUCUAGGGCAGCCCGUACAGCACAUCCAAACUCCACCUCCAAUUGCAAUUAUUGGAUAA